AUGAAGUCCUCUGACCCCAUCCGCCCCAGCAGCCGUCGCGGCGCAUCAGGCGCAUGGAACCGCCUUAAGCCUGUUCGCGAAGAUCUACUGGAGACAUAUGGCCUACCUUCCAAGGGCGAGACGCGGUUAAACGAUUUCAAGACUCAAGAAACAUACUUCAACCGCAUCAUCGAGCGCUACAUGAAACUCUGUGCACUCAACCGCGAAGAACUAAACAUCCUCUUCGCCUCCAUAAGCAGCACACACAGCGCCAGCACCCCUUCCACCACCAUACCCUCCAACCUAACCGCCUCAUUCUCCUCCCUCGCCCUCUCCAAACAUGCCCCCAAACCUCCUCCUCCCCCACCUUCCACACCGCCCAGCACCACCAUCCCACCCAACGCCCUCACCCCCUCCAUAAACGAACUCUCCACCGUCCUCUCCUCCCUCCGCAAACUCCGCGAAGCAAUCACCGCCUCCAACCGCUGCGACGCCUUCGCCCUGCGCGCCUACUUCUUCGCCAUACACGUCAGCAUCCUCUGUGCAGACUGGUCCUCGUAUCUGCCCGCGCUGCACGCCCUCCUUUCGAAACUACACCCUAGGAAUCCACUCCCCCCACACGACCUCCGCGAAUACGUCGGUCUGCUGAUCCUCGAUCAGUGCUGUCGACAGUCUGAUUACGCAGGUGCCCGCGCCACCAAGUUGUUCUAUGGGUACAGGGAUUGGAGGGUCGAGGGUGUCAUGCAUGCGCUGGUGCAGGAUAAUUGGACGCAGUUUUGGCGCCUGAAGAGGGGCGUGGAUGGCUAUCAGCGCGCGGUUAUGGGGUGGGCGGAGAAAGGGGUGAGGGUCCAUGUGUUGAAGUGUGUGGGGAGGGGCUAUUUGAGUGUGGACAGGGCAUGGUUGGAGAGCGUUACCGAGAGGGCGUGGGAGGAAUUGGUGCAGGAUGGUGUGGGGUGGGAGUUGGUUGGGGACAAGGUCAUCAUCAGAAAGCCCAAGGGGAGCUGA